AUGGCUCAGCCUACACCAGAAGGGGAACAACCAAAGACUCCUGCUGAAGUUGUUGCUCAUGUUUUUCCAUCAAGUAAAUUUCUUCGAAAUGUUGGCCUUGAGACAACAGUCCCCAAGAGAAGCACUACCGCUGUUGCACGUGUACAAGAGUUGGAGCUUGAAGUUGCGGCAGAGAAGCAAGGUGCUGCAGCACUUAGAGAUCACAACAGGAUGAGUUGGAAGUGUUGA